AUGAAUCUCACGCUCGACCCGGAGCAGUUGUCCUGGGGACGGGAUUUUGCCAACAGCCGGGAGCCCGCCAAGAUGCUCAAAAUCAUUGCGAAGAGCCCACGUACCCUGGAAACUGGAAUCGUUGAUAUCGAGGUGCGGCCUGUGCCGAAGGCCAUCAGACCCAAGGAGAAGGCCACGGAGGACUUGGGAAAUAUGAGAUGUCUCCCGAACGAAAUCUUCGACAUGAUUGUCAACAAAUUGGACGUGCCUAGUGCCAUAAGUCUGUCAUACGUCAACCGCAUCGCCAAUCAGCUUGUGCAGAAAAGCCCAGUUGCAUUUCUGAGGCAGUGGGCCCCCGGCAUGCCGAAGAUCCUCAAAAAGACUCAGAUCUAUGAGAACUGGUCCAUUCAUGAGCUUAAGGAGGCAAUUUUGCGUGAAAAGUGCGUAGUAUGCGGCGCGUCGUCCGUUCAACUCUACCUACCUACAAUGGAGCGUAUCUGCCACCCUUGCCUGCACGAAAACCAUUCAUACUGGUGUCUCCCCAUCGAAAAGGCAGCCAUAAUAUUUGGCCUUGAUCUACCCGAUCUCAUUAAUACCCAAACCGUGUACCUGCCGCGGCUGAGCAAUAAUAAUUUCGAUUUGGGAAAUCUUGGCGCUUGGGUUGUUCCUGUCAAAUUGGCACUGACCAAAGCCCUGCAGCUGUACGGCACCCGCAAGGGUAUUAAGCAUGCUGUGGAGGGCACCGCAUCAAGUACUGAUGGAGAAGAAGAAACUGACAUCACCGAUGAUGAUGAUGAUGACGAAGAAUUUGUGGUCGAAAACCAACAUGACAUUUAUCGCGCUGCUCCCCUGGAUUCACCCAAUUCCGUCAAACUGCGUUUGCUCAUCUCAAUGGGAAAUUAUCAUCAGCAUGCUCACCACCAUGAAGUUGCCUGUCGGGUUCCUGUCGCCAAUCGAGACAAUACGCGCAAAAUUCUUUACUCGUGCCGUGGUUGCACUGCUAUGCUCACGCACCCCAAGACGGAAUCAAUUUCCGACAGCCAUAUGGAGAUGAUGAAACUUGACCCCGCGCUUAACAAGUAUGAGCGAUCGUUUGCGAUCUUUCGUCGCGCCUUUACUGUGUGGACUGAGGCCGAUAUGAUUGAGCAUAUUCGAACCGAGUGCAUUGGGGGUUGGUUCUUGCUGCAUGCCGAGGGACAGAAUGAGUAA